GUCCUGACAAUACAGAAGUAUUUGAGCUGAGUAAAAGCAAUGGACAGAUAGUCACGAAGGUGAAGCUAGACAGAGAGAGUAAGUCGGAGUAUACCCUGUGUAUAGAAGCAUCCAGACCGAAUGUCGUAAACGAAGAGAGGGAUCUCACAGCAUUGAACAACUCCCACAAACUACUCUUCCUGAAAGUGAACGUCAGAGAUGUCAACGAUCUUGGGCCCAAAUUCUAUGAACCGUCAGUUAAAACAAUUAUUUUACAAUAUCCUGAGACAUCCAUAUCAGUUGCUGAAGCUUAUGACCUGGACCUUCCACCAAACAACGGCAUUCGAUAUUCAAUCGAUAACAUCGAUUUUACAGUCAAAGGAAAAACUCAGAAUGCCCCUACCGCCUUUACAAUAAAUGCAAAUGAUGGAACAAUUGCUAUAGGAACUAAUGAUUACACAGACUAUAUUGGAGGAUAUUUUGACAUUACUGUCAAGGCCGAGGACUACAAUGGUGCCAACGUGCCAUUCGAUCACCAAUUACAAAGGGUAUAUGUAACAGUCCGUGCCAACCGUAUCCGUGUUAUAUUUGACGAGCCGGCUGAUGAGGCCGUGAGCAAGAAAGCUAAUGAUAUGAUUAAGGAACUGAAUGAUCUGUAUGAGGACUCUGGAAUGUACUAUGAAAUAGAAACCAUCUCUUAUCAUGUUGUCUCUAACAAUGCUGACCCAUCAUUUAGCAAGACGGAUGUCUGUCUUGUUGUGGUGGAAAACGAUAGUGUAUUGUCAGCUGUAAGUGCCUCAAAACGCCUCACAGAUGUACAGAAAAUUGAGGGAAUUUUAGAUAGAUAUGGUGCUGUAGAUCCUGGGUCAUGUGAUCCAGCAGUAAGUGUGUAUCCAGUUGGCUGGGAGAGUUACUGGUGGGUCCUCGUGGCCUUCGCAAUAUUUAUAUUUGUUUGCUGCCUUAUUCUCAUCUUGCUAAUUUGUGUCCUCUACCGACAAUACAGACAAUAUAUGGAUUCAAGAAAAACAUAUUUAGUGCCAAAUUGAGGAAAAGUAAUAUGUUUAGAUCAACUUUAAAUCACAGUGGAUUAAAAAUAAGUUAAAAGAUGUAAGUUAAACAUUAAACUGUGAACAUAUGGUAACAUUUUUAGACAUUCUGAGAUAAGCUUUAAUGAUUUUUACCAGCCGACUUUAUUUGGAAAGCUCACUUAAAAGUAAACUUUGUCCAAGAUUUGUCAAAUAAUUUUCCACCCACUCUUGUAAACAGUUGGUGAUGAAAAAUUGACAGUUUCUGACAAAAUUGACAGUUCCACACAAAAUUGACAGGUCCAAACAAAAUUGACUGUUGCAGAUAAAAUUGGCAGUUGCAGACAAAGUUCAUAUCUUAAGUACAUGUGAUAUUAAAUAGACUACAGAAUAUAUGCAAUGAUGUGUGUAAACAUAUGUGUAAGGACACCAUGUGUUCAAAGCAUUCCUUACAUAAAACAUAAAGUGUGUAAAACAUAUGUGUUAAAUGAAUGUGUUAAAUGAUUAACUUGUUAUGUAUAUAAUAUUGUUGUUAAUUUUUUCUUAACUUUUUUUGUAAAAAGAAAUGAUACAUAGAGAAACAAAUGGUGUAAAUAUAAAGUUUAGUGUUUUAUAUAUUUGUAUAAAUAUACUAUUAAUGCAUUGUAAAGACUUAUUUCUUGUACAAACUGUCACAAAUUAUUAUGUAUAAUGUUACCAGAGUUAAAUAUUGGUAAUUACAUGUAACAUUCAUAUUUCAUAAGUUGAGAGACACAGUCCCAUACAACAUGUAAUGUUUUGUUUAUUACAACUUGUAAAAGUUAAUCACAAGUUGAUUACAACUUGAAAUGUUGAUUACAACUUAAAGUGUUGAUCACUUAAAAAAAAUUUAACAUUAAAACUUACAUAGAAAUUUGAUUUCAGCAUAAAACUAGGUGAUAAAUAUUUUUCUCACAUAAGUGCUGUAAAAAGGAAGAUUUUUUUUAUUUGUGGUCAGAAAUAAAGUAGUUUCGUGAUCUAUUUAGGCUGUCUACCUUUGUUUUUGGAUUUGUUAUCAAUGGUUAUUUGAUCGUUCAAAAUUGAAAAAAAUUAUUUCAUUGGUUUGAAUCUCUCUAUUGAAAUGUGAGAUGACUGUAUACCAACAAUUUCUCUAUUCCUCCAGGUAUAGUGCUGAUUUGAUGUUACCUGAAAUAUACUCAUUACUUGUAUCAUUAAUGCCAUGUAGUUCCAAUAAACAUAAUGUCAUGUGGUUCUGUUAAUUAAUGGAGGCCAUGUGGUUCUAAAAUAUCAUUAUGUCAUGUGGUUCUGUUUUGUGAUAGAUGCCAUGAAUUGUGGUUACAAUAUUUCAUAAUACCAUGUGGUUCUGUUAUGUGUUGGAUGCCAUGUGACUUUAUGAUUUUAAUAUGCCGUGUAGUUCUGUUAUUUGAUGGAUGCCAUGUGGUUAUAAAUAUCAUAAUGUCAUGUGGUUCUGUUAUGUGAUGGAUGCCAUGUGACUUUAUGAUUUUAAUAUGCCAUCUAGUUCUGUUAUUUGAUGGAUGCCAUGUGGUUAUAAAAUAUCAUAAUGUCAUGUGGUUCUGUUUUGUGAUAGAUGCCAUGAAUUGUGGUUACAAUAUUUCAUAAUGCCAUGUGGUUCAGUUAUGUGAUUGAGGUCACAUGACUCCCAAGAUUUUAUAAUACCAUGUGGGUCUGUUACAUGAUAAAAGCCAUGUGACUCAAGAUAAAAUAAUACCAUGUGAUUCUGUGAUCAAUGUCAUGUGACAUUAUGUUUACAUAACAGCAUGUGGUUGAUGAAUUCCAAGUAUCUAUCUGUCUGUAAAGGCAGGAGAUUCUAUAGUGUCAGCUCUUACUGCAUGUGUAAUUUAAAAAUUUAAGAUAAAAUCAUGAUAGAACAUUAUAUGAAAAUCUCAUAUUUAGUUUUUAUAUGCAAUAUUUUUGUAAUAAACAUUGCCAAUUGCUUGA